UUGCAUUGCACUUCUGAGCAGCCAGUUAGUAAUGUACGGUGGAGAGAUCCUCUUUUUCAAAUCCCAGGGCUCCAGGCCAUGCAAUGCUAGUAUUGCAUUUUCAAUUAGCUUCUGAGUGAAUGCUUGGCAUAUGUAGAAGUGGACUGGUACACAAUUAGCUUAUUGUUCCUUUCAGCUUUGUGCUGAGAGGAUCUGAAGGACUGCAGAAGAGAGGGGAGAGGGGAAAAAAAAAAGAAAAUAGCCAAGCCAGCAGCACCUCUGUGGAUGUGGAAUAAGGGAGUUGCUCGGCUCACGCAGAUUCCCGUGCUAAGUCGGGAGGUACAGCUGUUCCUGAGGAGCCCUCAGCCUGGCUGUGGGGAGGGCGCCCGGGGAGAGGCGCAGACCGAGUCAAGCUCCAGGCUCUUCUCUCCUCUGACUCACCUCAGGAUCACGAUGGAGCCCAACAGCCCUAAAAAAAUACAGUUUGCUGUGCCGCUGUUUCAGAGUCAAAUAGAUCCCGAGGCAGCUGAGCAGAUCAGGAAAAGGCGGCCUACACCAGCAUCACUCGUCAUCAUGAAUGAACAUGUGCCCCCGGAAAAAGAUGAGAAGAGAACAAACAUGUCACAGGCAGAGUCCCAGAGCGCAUCUCCCAAGCAAAGGAAGCAGAGCGUCUUCACCCCGCCUGCCCUCAAAGGGAUUAAACAUUUAAAGAGUCAGAGUGAUUCAGCCUUUCCAGAAGAAGAAGAGGGCGUUAGUGAAAGAGAAGAGGAGUGGGGCCAUUAAAGAGCGUGGAGCUGCCUCGAGCCCCGUCACGGAGAGUGACUGAACCGCGCAGCCAUGCGUGCCUCAGCCCAUUCGCCACUGCUUGUGUCCCCACACCACAGAGCUCGGUGUGACGGCGGCGCCGGGGCUCCCUGGGGAGCACCCUCGGCUGGGUUUUACAGCCACCUGCAAAUGUGUUUUGUGAUCCUUGUACCCGAAGAUCAAACAGUUAUUUUAAAGUAAUUUUUCUUUCAUUUUCUAUGACUUAAAAAAAUUUAAUUUGCAAAUGUGUUAGUGACCUGAUGUCAAUACUGCCAGAGCUUAACUACUGCGUGUGAGCUGUACUCUAUGGCCUGUUGUAAAUAAAACUGAUUUAAAAGCUACAGAAUAAAUCAUAUGUUCAUUUA